AAAGGAUAAAAAGAAACAUGGGGCUGUAAGAAUGAAGUUGAAAGAAGAAAAUGAUGAAAAUCCUAGAAACAAAAACAGAGGUUCUCAUAAAAUUCUAUCCUAAAAUGAAACGUGCCAAAUGAACAAAAACUCCACCUGUCAACGAUGGGUAGAAAAACCUGCCACUGAGUAGCUUACUCACCUCCCGUACUCCUCUACUUCCAUUCCACCUGGCUAUUAACUCCCACAUGUCCACCUCCAAUGCAAACUCCUCUCUUCUAAAAACCGCCUCUCUCUCUUAUUUAACAUCAAUAUCCAUACCCUUCCAUUUCUCUACAUCAAAAUCUUCUUCCAAUACAAACCCCCGCAAACAGAAAACAUGGCAUCCGAGCAACUAAGCCGUAGAGACAACACUACAAAGGAAAGAGAGAUUGAGGUGGAGAAAGAAAGAGUUCCACAGUUAACAAGCCAUUUUGAGGCCAUUGCAGUGCAAGGGAAAGCUCCAAUUCCAGAAAAAACAGAGGAAAAACAGAGAAAAGAGGCGCAUGGUACCAGCAUUGCUAAAGGGGAACUCCCAGGAAGAGAGGAGGAGAGACGGAGAAUUGAAAGUGGAGGUGGAAAGCCAGAUGAGACUCGAGAAUUGGCUACUCAAUUUGAGUCUCUUGCUGAAAAAGUAAGAGACAAGAGAGAGACUGAUACUGAGAAUGAAAGGCAGAGACAAGCUCGUGAGAAUGAGCAGAGAGAGUCUAGAAUAAGGGAAGAACAGGGAGUACAAAAACAGAGGGAUUCAGAACAGGCAAAAGGGAAAAAAGGUGAGAUCGAGACUCGUCAAAAUCAACCAUCUCUCGAAGAAAUUUCAAAUUUCAGAGCUAUAGCACAGGAGAAAUCGAAUGAGGCAAUAAGGGCUGCAAAGGAACGCUAUGACAAAGCCAACAAAGAAUCACUCAACCAAGGAGUCGGGGGCAGAACAGAGGAAUCAGAACAGAGAGAAACAGAAGAAGGUGAAGAGGAUACAGUUGAAGGAGGUGGUGAACGAACAGGUUUAGAGACAGUGAAAGAGACACUAACAAGUGCAGCCAAGACAGCAAAAGAUUACACCGUACCAAUAGCAGAGAAGGCCAAAGAUUACACAGUUCAAAAGGCAGUGGAAGCCAAGGACAUGACAGUCUCUGCAGGACAAACAACAGCUCAUUACCUUGGAGAGAAGGCAGUUGCGGCUAAAGAUGUUGCACUAGAAAGUGGGAAAGUUGCAGCUGAAUAUGCAGGGAAAGCAGCAGAGGAUUUGAAGGAUAAGGCAGUGGUUGCAGGGUGGAGCACGGCUCAUUACUCAUGCGACACAGCAGUGGAAGGGACCAAAGCAGCGGCAAGGCUCGUGAAGGGAGCUGCAGAGUAUGCUGGAGCCAUAGCAGCCAAGCCAUUGUCUGCUGCAAAGAAUGUAGCUGAAACAACAGGGGAGAGUAUGAAGGACUACACAGCUAGGAAGAAAGAAGAAGCAGAGAGAGAAGCCAUGUACAAGACAGGUGAGAAAGAAUCCAUGUAUGAGAGAACCAAAGAAACUUUUGAAAGGGGGAAAGAAGUGAAGGAAAGAGGAGAAGGAAGAGGAAAUGAGAACAGAGUCGAUGAUGGUGGGAUAUUGGGGGCAAUCGGAGAGACGAUAUAUGAGAUUGCACAAACAACUAAAGAGAUGGUGAUUGGGGGUGGUGAUGAAAGUGGAAAACAGAGCACAUUAGGCUUUGAGAUUGGGCAGGAAGAGGGAGAGGGAAAGGAAGCGCAAUAUCAAACUGCUACAAGGAAGGAAUACAGAGGCUGAUAAAAAUUUAAAAAGUGUUUUAAAGGAUUAUCAUGUGUUUUGAAGUUUUUGUUUACGAGGGGUGAAUAAAGUUUGUGUGUUGCUUUUUCUUGUGUUUUUUGAGUUGGAUAAAUUGUUUUGUUAUGUUGUACAAUGGUGUAAAGUUGGAGUUUCAUAUGAAGUAAAGAGCACUAGUAUUGUACUCUGCUCUUCCAAAUA